AUGCCUCUGAUGAGUUCUCCUCCUGAUCCAUGCAGUGAAGCAAAUUGUGGGAAAGGAUAUGUUUGCAGAGCUACUCACAAUCAGGCACAGUGUUUUCCAGAACCUCAGUCCUGCAAUACCAUCCAGUGCCAAGGAGGGACACUCUGUGCAAUAGUUGACGGUUUGCCCAGAUGUGUUCCUUACCCAUCAUCUUGUCAUAAUGUCCAAUGCCAAGAAGGGACAAUUUGUAAUCUGGCAGAUGGCUUCCCUAAAUGUGUUCCAGUGCCACGAUCGUGUGCAGCUAUUCAGUGCAAAGAAGGAACCAUCUGUGCAGUUGUUAACAGUUGGCCUCAGUGUAUUCCAGUGCCUGUGUCCUGCCAAAGCAUUCGAUGCAACCCAGGAAUGGGGUGUGAACUCAUUAAUGGCUGGCCCCAGUGUGUGCCCAACCAACCUUCCUGCCAGGGCAUCCAUUGCAAAGGUGGAACGAGAUGUCAGAUUGUUCACGGCCAGGCUCAGUGUAUCCCAGCGUCUGCAUCGUGCAGUGACAUCAUCUGUGAAAAAGGAGCCAUGUGUGAAAUGGUCAAUGGCCGAGCAAAGUGUGUCCCGUUGCCACCAUCCUGCCUCCAUAUUGAAUGCAAGCAAGGAACUAUGUGCGAUAUGGUUGAUGGUUGGCCAAAAUGCAUUCCAAGGCCAACUUGCAAAGAUUUAAAUUGUGAAGCUGGUACUGAAUGCAAAAUUGUGAAUCACCUGCCCAGAUGCUUUCCUGUCCCACAGUCCUGUGCCCAAAUCCACUGCAGGCCUGGGUCUGUAUGUGAGCUAGCAGAUGGUAAGCCCUUAUGUGUGCCUAUCCCACCCUCUUGCAACAAGAUCCACUGUAAAGAAGGAACAAUCUGUGAGAUCCUUGAUGGGGUACCAAAAUGCGUGCCUGCCAUCAUCUCCUGCAACAAUGUACAGUGCCCAGUGGGAACCAUCUGUGAAAUUGUCAACAAUUGGCCCACAUGCAGAGCUCUCCCACGCUCCUGUGAGAGCAUUGAGUGCAAGACAGGAACAGUCUGUGACAUCGUCAAUGGUUGGCCAACAUGUAUUCCCACUGCACCAACAACGUGUGCAUCCGUCGUUUGCAAAGAGGAAGCUGUGUGUGAAAUGGUGAAUGGCGUACCAACCUGUAUACCCAUCCCGCUGUCUUGUGACAGAUAUAAGUGCAGAGAGGGAACUAUUUGUGAAGUUGUCCGUGGAUGGCCCACGUGCAUACCUUUGCCGUCUACGUGUCAGAAAAUACAGUGCCCUCAGCACACUGUCUGUAACAUAAUUGAUGGCUGGCCUAAAUGUGUCCCAACCCCGCCCACAUGUGACAAGCUUCAGUGCAAAGUGGGAACCACCUGUGAAAAAGUCAAUGGCCAGCCUGUGUGCGUUCCACUCCCUCCCUCUUGUGAGCGCAUCUAUUGCAAACAAGGGACGGUUUGUGAAAUUGUGGAAGGAUGGCCAAAAUGUGUGCCAAUCCCCGCAUCCUGUGAUAAAAUCCACUGCAGACAAGGGACCACCUGUAAAAUAAUUGAUCACUGGCCUCGGUGUGUCCCCAUCCCACCAACCUGUGACAAACUACGCUGCAAAGACGGCAGCACUUGUGAAAUUAUUGAUGACUGGCCUAUGUGUGUGCCUAUUCCAGCUUCCUGUGAUAAAAUCCAGUGCAAAGAGGGAACUAUUUGUGAAAUGGUUGAUGAUUGGCCCAAAUGUAGUCGACUCUUGAACUCCUGUGAAAAAGUCCAAUGCCGUGCAGGGACCAAAUGUGAAAUAUAUGAUGGACUUCCAAAAUGUAUUCCCAUAUCCCCUUCCUGUUACAAUUUCCGUUGUAAAGAAGGGUUUAUUUGUCAGAUCGAUAAUGGUUGGCCAACGUGUGUUCCUGGUCUCUCUGCUUGUGAAAACCUCAACUGUGGUGCAGGAACAGUAUGUGAGACAUUUCAUGGGCAGCCCAAAUGUGUCCCCCUCUCACUCUCUUGUGGGAACUUCAAAUGCAAUGAAGGGACUGUGUGUGAGAUAUAUGAAGGGCAUCCAAAAUGUCUCCCCAUCUCACUUUCUUGUAAUAAUUUUCAAUGCAACCAUGGAACAGUUUGUGAAAUCAGCCAUGGUUGGCCCAGAUGUGUUCCUAUCUCACCCUCUUGUGAAAACAUCAGGUGCAAUGAAGGAACCGUGUGUGAGAUAUAUGAAGGGCAGCCAAAAUGCCUUCCUAGCUCCCCCUCUUGCAACAAAUUCCAUUGUCAGGGUGGGACAGUGUGUCAAAUAAUUAAUGGUUGGCCACAGUGUGUUCCGAUGCCCCCUUCUUGUGGAAAUGCCAGUUGCAAUGUUGGAACUGUAUGCCAAAUGGUUUCUGGCUUGCCUCAAUGUGUUCCCAUGUCACUGUCAUGUGAUCAGUUCACCUGCCAAGAGGGAAGUAUUUGUAAAAUGGUUGAUAACUGGCCAAGAUGCCUUCCUAUCCCGUCUUCAUGUGAUAGGUCAAACUGCCAGGAAGGUACCAUUUGUGAGAUUGUUAAUGGACUGCCAACUUGUGUACCAAUCCCAUCUUCCUGUGACAAAACCAUCUGUACACAAGGGAUGGUAUGCCAAAUCAUGAACGGCUGGCCAACAUGUGUUCCAGCAUCGUCAGUGCUCCUAUGUGCUUCUAUGCAUUGUCAAGUGGGAACUGUGUGUCAACUCAUUGAUGGAAGCCCACAGUGUAUGCCCAUCACACCUUCCUGUAGCCAAAUUCACUGUCCUGCUGGAACUGUCUGUGACAUGGCACAUGGAUGGCCCCGAUGCACUCCCAUGCCAACCUCAUGUGGAAACACCCAUUGUCAUAGUGGGACUAUUUGUCAAAUUAUAAAUGGUUGGCCCAAAUGUGUGCUCCCUACGCAUUCAUGCCAGACAAUUCAAUGCUGGGAGGGGAUGAUUUGUAACAUUGUGGAUGGUUCACCUACAUGUGUUCCUGCUAUAUCUCCCCAAGCAAUGUGUUGGGCCUCUGGUCAGCCCCAUUAUCACACUUUUGAUGGACGCAGCUUUGAUUUCCAAGGUACUUGCUCUUAUACAGUGGUUAAGACCUGCAGCACCAGCACCAACCUGCCAUUCUUUCACAUCUUCACCAAGAGUCAGAAGAAUUCCCCAUUCUCUUUCAUCAGUCACGUCACCAUCACCAUCUACAACUCCAGCAUCACCAUGAUCAAGCAUGAAUAUGGCCUUGUCAGAGUUAACCAGCUACGCUCUCGUCUGCCUAUACGUUUACAUGAUGGGACAGUCUCCUUAUACCAUCGGGGGAACCAACUGGUUAUCGAAACACAGUUUGGUCUGAAGGUUUACUAUGAUUGGAACUAUUAUCUAGUGGUGAAGGUCACGCCAGCUUUUCAGAGUCAAAUCUGUGGCCUUUGUGGCAACUACAAUGGAGAUCCCAAUGAUGACUUUGUUACCCCGUCAGGAAACUUGGCCACCAAUGUUGUGGAAUUGGGCAAGAUCUGGAAAGUGGAAGAUGGAGACAUUGCUUGCAGGCAUGACUGCCAUGGCAAAUGCCUGCAGUGUUCUGCAGAGUUAGCAGCCCAAUACAAUGCAGAAACUUUAUGUGGUAUGAUCUCUAAACACAGAGGUGGUCCUUUCCAUCGCUGCCAUUCCUUGAUUGAUCCCAAGCCAUAUUUGAAUGACUGUGUAAUUGAUUUAUGUGCCUUUGAGGGUUACAAGCAGAUUUUGUGUCGAGCCCUGAAGACUUACGCUGAUGCUUGUCAAAGAGAAGGGAUGGCAAUAUCUGCCUGGAGGAAACACGCUGGCUGCCCCUUGAUUUGUCCAGACCACAGCCAGCACAUGGCCUGUGGCACAGCAUGUCCUGCCACUUGCAGCAACCCUGAUGCUCCAAAGACGUGCCACCUGCCCUGCAUGGAGACCUGCCAGUGCAAGCCAGGCUAUGUGCUUGAUGGUGGUAAAUGUAUUGCCAAAGACCAAUGUGGCUGCAUCUAUCACGGUCAGAUCUAUGCCCCCAAUGAGCAGUUCUGGGAUGAUCACCAAUGCCAUCAGCAGUGUGUAUGCAUUUCACGAGACAGGAAGGUGGUCUGCCACAGCUCCACUUGCAGGGAAGGAGAGGGGUGCCAUGUGGUUAAUGGCAUAAGGAAGUGUUAUCCAACCUUCUAUGGGACCUGCACUGCUCUGGGCCAGUUGCAUUAUAUCACCUUUGAUGGAUUGCACUAUGACUUCUAUGGAACUUGUGUUUAUCGUUUGGCUGAACUCUGCCACACGAUAGGAAACCUCACUCAGUUCCAAGUCCUGGUUCAGCACCAAAGACAGGGACUCAAGAACCCAGCUGCCACCAAAGUUCUUGAGGUCCAUGUUUACGGGAUGGCAGUGCUUGUCAGCGAUAGCAAAGUCUUGCUAAAUGGCUUACUGAUCAACCUGCCCUACAAUGUUGACUAUAACAAAAUUUCCCUCUACCACCUGGGAUGGGAUAUUGUGAUCAUGACAGAUUUUGGCUUAAUGGUCACCUUUGACAUGAAGAAUAAUAUUCGUAUCACAGUACCAGGAAGCUACAGGGAAAGGACCUGUGGCCUAUGUGGCAAUUUCAAUGGAAGAGCAGAAGAUGACAUGCUACAGCAAACGGGAAUUCUCACAACUAAUCCAGGGGAGCUUGGCAGAAGCUGGAAGAUCCGGGAUAUCCCAGGAUGCCUUGAGAAAGAACAAGAAUCCUGUGUAGACAUGGUGCAUUUGGAGUACACCCAGAGAAUGAGUAGGGAGUGUGGCCUCCUACUAGACAUCAAUGGCCCUUUCAAGAUGUGCCAUAGCAAGGUGCCACCUCAGCCAUACUUCAAAGACUGUGUCUUUGACUAUUGUUCCAAUAAGGGCAACACGAAUGUCAUCUGUCAUGUUAUCUCCUCCUAUGCUGCAGCUUGUCAAACAUUAGGGAUCAAGAUUUCAGAGUGGAGGUCCAUCAACUUUUGCAAACCUGACUGCCCCACAAAUAGUCAUUAUAAAGUCUGUGCCAGCAACUGCCCUGUGACAUGUCACAGCCUCUUUAAUCCAGUUCUCUGCACUGCUAACUGUCAUGAGGGAUGUGAAUGCAACCAAGGUUUUGUUUUAAGCGGCGACCAGUGUGUUCCCAUCUCGCAAUGCGGCUGUGUCCACCAAGGUCUCUACUACAAGGCGGGUGAGUCUUUCUAUGUCAAUGGAUUCUGCAAGGAGCGUUGUACUUGCCAUGUUGGUGGUAUCAUGGACUGUCAUCACUCCUCCUGCGGACCCCAUGAAGAGUGUCGUGUGGUGGAUGGUAUCCAGAAGUGCCAUUCAUUUGCUCCCAAGAAGAGUGGGACUUGUCAUGUGGCUGGAGACCCACAUUAUAUCACCUUCGAUGGCUCCACAUUUGACCUUCAGAGCAACUGCACCUACACGCUGGCGAGGAGUUGUACACGUCAACAUUCCCUUCCGUCUUUCUCUGUCAACAUACAAAAUGAAAGGCGGUCCAAGGGUAAAGUCUCUGUAACAAAAGUUGUAUCUAUCACAGCCUACCAAAAUACCAUUUCCAUCUUGCGGGAAAAGAGAGGCAUUGUCCUGGUGAAUGGUGCAACUACCUACUUACCUUUCCGCCUUGAAAGCGAUGGUAUGUGGGUCUAUUAUCACGGAGACAACAUUGUGCUUCGGACAGACUUUGGCUUGUUUGUCUCUUUUGAUCAACUCUACCACCUGAUCAUCCAGGUGCCUGAGGCUUAUCAGAGCCAGAUGUGUGGUUUAUGUGGUAAUUACAAUGGGCAACCCCUUGAUGACAUCUCCCUGCCCACUGGCCACCCAGCCAUGAAUGUCCAAACCUUUGCAGCUGCUUGGAAAAUUGAUUCUCCCUCUGCCACCUGCACAGAAGAUUGUGCCGCAGGAGUGUGUGGCGCAUGUCAAGAGAGCCGGAAGGCCAGCUACAUACACAGCACCCAGUGUGGCAUUUUGCAGGCUCCCUAUGGACCUUUCAGUGCUUGCUAUUCCACCAUCAACCCAACGGACUUCUACAACAAUUGCGUGCAUGACCUCUGCAAGGCAAGAGGGAACCCAGUUAUUCUCUGCCGAGCUAUCCAUGGCUACGUUGCCGCUUGUCAAGCAGCUGGCAUUCAGAUCAAACCCUGGAGGACAGCAAACUUCUGUCCAAUGAAAUGCCCAGCCAACAGCCGCUAUGAACUCUGCACCCGGGCUUGUCCCAGAAGAUGCAAAGAGGCAAACAGCAUCACAAAGUGCCCCAACUACUGCGCUGAAGGCUGCCAAUGCAAAGAGGGCUACUUCAUGGCUGGGUACCACUGUGCCCCCAUCAGUCAAUGUCGCUGCUUCCACAAAGGCGUGUGGUUUAAGGCUGGAACUCCAGUGAUCACAGCCAAUUGCAUGGAGAAAUGCAUUUGUCAACGUCAAGGUCAACUGACGUGCACUCCAUUCCCAUGUGCAGCUGGAGAAACUUGUGUACUGAAAAACAGCAAAUGGGACUGUGUCCGGAAGGAUGGCCACUGCACCAUUGCCCAUGAACACAUCUUCACCUCUUUUGAUGGCGUAUCUGGAAGGCUUCCAAGUGAUGGGUCCUUUGAGAUCACAGCACUUGUCAAUGCUAAGUCAAAAUCAUGGUUCCGGGUGGUGGUGCAGGUGAAGAAAUGUCCCCAGUGUCCUACACCCAGUGUGGUCUCUGUCACUGUCUAUUUCCACAAGCUGAUUGUGCUGGUGAAUAAGGAUAGCUCAGUCUCGGUGAAUGGCCAUCCCGUGCAUCUCCCAGCUCAGCCUUCCAAGGAAGUAUCAGUAACCUUGGUCCAAGAUAUGGUGAUGGUGGCACAUGAAUCUGGUGUACAGGUUCUCUAUAGUAGUGGUGGUGACUUAACAGUGACAAUCAGUGCGACACUGGCCAACAGAGUGUUCAGAUCCUGUGGGAACUUCAAUGGUAACGGUGCAGAUGACCUGAGGCUUCCACAUGGUAGGAUGGCCCGCACCAUUACGGAGGUCGUCAACUAUUGGAGAGUCAGAACAGGAGUACAACAUGGAUCACCCUAA